AUGAGCUCGUCGUCGUCGCCGUCAGCGCCUUCCGCUCCAUCCGUCGCGUCGGCCGGUCGCCGCAUCCUGUCGCGCUUCGCGUCUCCGCUGUUCUCGCAAAAGGGCCGCAGCAUUGCCGACUUCCACAUCAAGGCCCACGAUCCGCACAAGCAGUACUCGCCUGGCGAGAGCGUCAAGGGCUGCGUCGUCGUCAAGGUCGUCAAGCCCGUCCGCGUCACCCACGUCUCCGUCUGCCUGCAUGGCUUCGCCCAGGUCUACCGCACCCCCGGCGCGACCGCCGACCAGCUGCGCGGCAACACCAAUCGCAUCGGCCGCGCCCAGGGACGAGGCAAGAAGUCUGGCGAGUACUUUGGCAAUGGCUUCGCUUCGCUGUUCGAGGACGAGUCGGUCCUCUGCGGCGACGGCCGUCUGGACGAGGGCGUGUACCGCUUCGACUUCGAGGUCCAGUUCCCCGACGACAUGGACCUGCCCAGCAGCAUCGACUUCGAACGCGGCACCAUCUCCUACAUGCUCACCGCCACCCUGACCCGCCCGACCACCAUUGCCCCCGUCAUCACCCACGACCAGAAGAUCUAUCUCGUCGAGCGCGUCGACAUUGCGCCCCUGCUGCCCCCGAUGCCACGCACAAUCACUCUCGAGCCCGUUACCCGAAAGACCAAACCCGUCAAAACCUCUGCUUCUCUGCCGUCAAAGACCCCGAAUUCCCCUGCGCGCGAAGCAGAACCGCCGCCCCCUUCGGUGAGCGAGUUUAGUCUAGACAGCCGCGUCAGCAGUAGUCUCAGCGACACCCCACACAAGCUCAUCACUGCCACCGUCGAGCUGCUCAAGGGCGCCUGUCUGCGAGGCGAUAGUUUCCCCGUCCGCAUUUCUAUCAACCACACAAAGCACAUCAAAAGCAUAAAUGGCAUCAUCAUCACUUUGUACCGUCAGGCCCGCGUCGACAUGCAUCCUGCCUUGCCCCUGGGGCCCGUAAGCGAUGGCCAGAAGCGCAAGUACGAAGAUUACUAUCCCAAGUCCAUCACAGGUCUCGGCGGCUUGUCUCUGUCCGGUGCCGGAUCCAGUCACACUUUUCGCAAGGAUCUUGCCCAGAUCCUAGUACCCCUGUAUGUUGAUCCCAUAUCUCUGACGGCAGAGAUCAACGCCAAGAUUGGCGUUCCUCACGGCGCAUUUCCCACAAUCACCUCGGUUCCUGGAGCUAUGAUUUCUUUUCGAUACUACAUUGAGAUUGUUCUCGACAUACAGGGCAAGCUCACGCACGACAGAUAUCUCUCGCAACACGGCAGUGGGCCAGUCUCUGCCGCUCCGCGACCCGUCGAUGCCAAAGAGAGUAACCUCUUCAAUGGCAAUGGACCUGACGAUACUCCCUUUCUGAUGCUCAACGGCGCAGGCAUCCUCGAUACUGCCCCGAUCCGAAGAGACAAAUCGGUUGCGACUUGCACGUUUGAGGUAGUUGUUGGUACGACCGACAGUGAACGCAAGGCCAGAAAAGGAAAACAAAAGGCGACAGAACCGCCUUCAUCUUCUCAUUGUUCUGAGUCGCCUUCGGACAUGUCACCAAAUGUGUUUCAACAGCAGGGUCAUUCGGCAGUGUCAAGCCGGGAUUUUGAAACUUAUCAGCAUGCAGGUGUGUACAACCACGACCAUGACCUUGUUACACCCUUAGAUUACCAGUAUGGUCCCGGCUACGACUAUGGGCCGGAGGACUAUCAGUGGGAUAUGAGUCAAGGGUACUCAUAUGAUGAGUCUUAUUAUCCAGCUUAUCACGAACCACCGCCACUAGAGGACGAAGGGUCCCUUCCUGAGAAGGAACGUCUACGCAGGGCGGAGGCCAGAUUGAUGCCAAGUCAACCACCUGCCAUGGCUUCAGCAUCCACAAGCGCGGACCAGGCAACAGCUCCAGCUCUGCCGCCAGACGACACUUACGGGGAUCCCGGAGCGGCUAUUGGAGGCUCUGCACAAGCCGAUUUGUCCACAACACAAACGUCCGAUCAAGUGCCUAGACCUCGGACUGUGUACAACAUAGCGGACGCUACCAACGCUUGUCUGACACCAACGGAGGACAAGGACGAAUUACGCAGGCGUCAACUACAACUUGAUGCUAGUGAGCCGCCUCGAGUAUUAGGCGACGAGACAGGAACAGGAGCAUCGGAACAUCUUCCGCAAUAUCGGCGAUAG